GGGGACAGCCCCAGUCAGCAGAGAGGGACAGAGCCCUGAGCUGACAGGAUGUCUUGCUGUGUCCCCCUGGCCCAGGGCUCUGGGCUCAGGAAGCCAUGGAGAUCACUGUGUCGGGGGCUGCACAGCCCCUUCAGCCAUCUCAGCCUGCAGUCCUGCUGCCUCUGGCCCUGGGCCAGGAGAGCCCCUGAGGGUGCACAUAGCUCAAAGGGCAGCAGGAGCAGCACCGUGAGACCUGAGCGGGCAGGUGCCAUGGAGAAGAUGGUGGCACACCUGGUGCCCGCUCUCCUGUGCCACGACCCCUCUUACCUGCACACCUUCCUGUCUUCAUGCCGAGCUCUGGCCUCCACCCAGCAGGUGCUGGACCUGCUGUUCACCAGGUUCGGCUGUGUGCUCCCCUACUGUGAGGAGGAUGGUGGACCCCUGCACCAGCUCACAGUGGCUAUGUCCUCCCUCCUGGGCACCUGGCUACAUGAGCACCCCGAGGACUUCUACCAGCCUCCCGACUUCCUCUGCCUGAAGAUGGUGCUGGCUUAUGUGCGGUUGAGCAUGGCUGGCUCCACCCUAGAGCAAGGGGCCCUCCUGCUUCUGGAGCAGCUGGAGCAGCUGGAGGCCACCCAGGAGCCUGAGGGGGAGGCAGGCAGGCUGGGUGCUGGGCUGUGGGCAGCAGGUCCUGGCAGGCCAGCCCCUUGGAGCUGCAGCUGUGAGUCCCUGCAGUCUGAGACCUGGGGCGUCUCUAAGGCUUGGCCCUCUGCUGAGCACACCUCCAGGAGCACGAAGGCCCCAGCCUGCUCAGGGUCUCCAGCCAGAAGCAGGAGCAGCAGCCCCCCCUGCAGAGCUGCAGAGCCUCAGGCCCCAGCCCUGCCUGGAGCCCAGGACAAGAGCAAGGCCCCUCCCAGCUCCAGACUCUGAGCUCCAGCAGGCUGCACACAGUGCUCACUGCAGCUCUGGGGCUGGGACAGGAGCCCAAGGGGGCAAAGGGGAACUGUCAAUAUGUCAGGAUAUACUGCUCCACACCUAGAACAAUCAGGGGACUUAUUCUAGCACUUUCUCCACCAAGUCCCAUCAAAUUCACCAGCCCAUGAAGUCCAGGCCUAUCAGCUCCAGUGCAGACUGUGACUCUACUCUGAUUCUCCACACAUGUGCCUGGAGCCAGAGCCAGCUCAGGAGCUGCGCCCGCUGCUGCAGGGC